UUGACAUGUAGAGGUAAACAAACAAAAGCUGCGAGGCUCGGCCAAGCACUGAUGUUUUCGUUAUGGAGCAAGAACCAUAAAAGAAAAUUAUGAGAGGCCCAAGUCUCUUCCACCAUAGAACUGGAUUCACAUGUUGGUUGAAACGUGAGUAGAAAAGAAAGAGAUUGAGAUGUGAGCAGGAAGUCAAAUCUAUCUCUCGCAGAGGCUCUCCAGUUUACCUCACAAAUGGAGAGUGAUGUGGAGGAGGAUUCCAGAUACCUUGCAGACAGUGUGAGGAAGUCUUCCUCACACAGCCAUCAGAACAGUCGCAGUCAUGACGGCCACAUAUCCAACAGGUCGCAAAAAUCCCUCUCCCAUACCUCAGCGUGGGAGAAGGACCACGCCAAUCCAGAAGAAGACUGGACUCUCUCACAGUCCAGCUUGAAGUCGAGCAGCAGGAAAUCGGAUAACAGAAAAAGAAGCAAUCAAACCCCGGGCAAAAGCCGAUACGGGAGAGCGCAGCAGAGGCAGGAGAAGGAAGGAGAAUUGGAGCAUGGGGAAUAUGCAGACAAUGGACAGAAUAAUGGAGAUCAAUUAAGUGUCCAGGAAGAAGCGGAGGAAAGCACUAAUGACACGUCGAUGGAUGAGACCAGCUUUAGCACUUCCACCUACACAGACAAGGAAAAUGGGAGCUCCUCAGAGCUUUCAGUUGACCCUGUUGUUUGGAAGAAAUUCAAGUUUCUCACUUCCAUCCUCAAGGAAACACAGCACAACCUCAAAGCGAUGGAUGAACUCGUCCUUGAGCAUCAGCACUUGCAGGAAUUGUCAGACCGCGGUGCAAUCCGGAGCACAACCCAUGCGUCUACCAGUUACAUUCCAGGCACAGAACAGGAGCUUGGUGACGGGGAGCCUAAAACAGAUGAGGCAAAGCUUGAGGAAAUCCUGAGUCUGCUUCACAACCUCACGCGCACGCUGUCGUCGUAUGAACAGCAUCCUCUGCUGGCUACCGCACAACAGCCAUCAGACACCUCCCUGAGAGUGCCACCUGUUGAUUCCGGCCAAGAGCCACACUAUUCCAGCGCAGAGGCUAAGGCACCCAGCAGCCAAGGCUAUGGCUCUCACAACCUGGAUUCCCAUACCUAUCGUUUACCAGAGCUUGGGCAGUCCUCUGAUCAGACCCUCCUUCAAUCGUCUUUGCAACGUGGAUACCAAGAGCACAGUUCUCCUUCAAAAUGUAAUGAGUUUUCACUUAGAUUUGAUGCGUCUAAAGAUGGGACUGUUGAUUAUCAAGAUACAGGUUCCAGAUAUAAUACUUCAGUGCCCCAUGCACUUCCGCAAAGGUUACACGUUAGUAACAAUCCCACAUACACCAAUGUUGGGAUUCUCAGCUUGGAAAAUGGUUCUGCAACUCUCCCUCAAUCAUAUUCUUACCUGAGAGAAAGAGAUAGUGAAAUUCCUGUGAAUACAAGUGAUGACCAUAUGGCAGCUCACACCAGCCAUUACCUCAGGACACCUGUAAAGGAUUCCAUAAAUCAGACUGAUUAUGCCUUUUCAGGAGCUAAUGUAUAUGAAUCUUAUGAGCCAGCUAACUUUGCUGGAGCAUACCAACCAGAUCAGAGUAGUCGGAUAACAAGUUAUCAGAGCCAAGGAAACACAAGUCAUCCUCUCACCAAAGAAACAAGAUCAUUGAGGAAAGAUAUCAAUGAUAUUGUUCUGAGGAAGCAAGCACUGGAUUCACGCCUGCAGUCACUCAUUGCUCACCGUGCAGUACAGAAGGAAAUGGAAUGGGCACAGGCAUCUAAGUCAAAGGAUAAGAGGCAGCUUUCAAGGAGCCAGAGUCUGGAGGAUGACAGUAGGAGACUGAAGGGCAAAUCAAAGAAGUAUAGAAGUAGAAGCAAGAGUCAGGAAGAUGAAGUAGAUCCUCAUAGCAGAAUGUCAUCAUCUGUUAAGGACUUUUAUUUGAGCAUGAUCAGUGAAGAUCAAGAUGAGUUUCCAAGCUUGCAGAUGGGGAGCCUUGAGAAUGAAGAGAAAAUAUCAGAGCUUAGGAAUGAAGAGGCAGAUUUACCAGGUCUAGGUGACAGUGGAUUAAGCAGUGAAAUAAAUUCUAUUAAUGCUACCAUUCAAGAGCUUGUGCGAGAAAAUCAGAAGCUACAUGAAUUCCUGCAGGGAAUGACUGUUGAGUCUAUUGCAAAAGUAGACCAGGAAAAAAUAGAGCUAGAGGCCAAGAUCCAGUCACUUAAUCAAGAAAAUGAGUCUUUAAAGAUUAUGAUGAAUGGGAACAUUGAAGAAGAGACAAAUACUGGUGUAAAAAUGAAGCAUGAGGGCAAGGCUGUUUCCUUCCUUGUUUCAGAUGACAGCGUGGAGAAGCUUUUGAAAGAACAUGAGAUGGAAAGUGCUCAUUGCCAAGAAUUAGGUAAAAAGUCUCCAGUGUUAGAAUCAGAACAUGUUGCAAAGGAACUCUCAGAUAUUGCCGAUUCUUCACAAAAGGGACAAGAAACACCUGUGGAUUCCCAGGAACAUUCCAAAAGAAUAGCAGUACUUGAAGCACAGGUCAGUGAACUUACCAGGCAAAACCAGAGUCUCGUGCACAAGAUUAGAGACGAAAAAGAUGGAGAUGCUAGUGAUAAAGAUGUACAAAGUGAUUAUGAAGAAACAUCCUCCAGGAUUUUUGAGUUGAAAACCCAAGGUGAUGCAAGCGUGAGUGUUACCAGGGAAAUAGAGAAACUUCAGAGGAAAAUCAACAAACUCUUGAGAGAAAAAGAUGACCUAAACCAUAAACUCAACACAGAAGCAACUGAGAGGGACUAUGAGCAUUCAAGACUGGAAGCAAGAAUUAGGAUUUUGUCAGAGCAAAACAGGGUAUUAAGUGAUAAAGUGAAUGAACAGAAAUCAGCCUCAAUUGGAACAGACCAUGGCAGCUACCAUUCAGAUCAGAUUAAGAGUCAGAAUGACUCUAGUGUUGCUAUCAGUCUGAAUCAAGAUAAAUUUGAAAAAAGUACAGAUGAAAGCAAAUCUGCCAUGAACAUGGGCACAACUAGUUCAAAAGAAGUAAGUUUUAAAGUAGAUGUUGAUUAUGAUAACCUUUCAGAGGAUGAACAUAAGCUUGAGUCAAAGCUUGGCUCAAAAUCCUCUUCUUCCAGACAAGUUUCUGAACAUUCCAGAUCAAGAAGUACUGAAUACAGUUCUUCCAGAGGGGAUGCAAAGCACACGCACUCAAGGGGAAGUGCUGAUUACAGUAGUACCAAAGAGGGUUCAGAGUACACGAGAUCAAAAACAGAGCCUGAAUACAGUCAUUCAGAAGAAGCUGAGAAUGCCAGAUCGCAAAGGAGUGCAGGUUAUAGCAAGCGAGAUCCAGAGUACUCUUCAUUUACAAGAGAUUCUAAGUUUAUCAGGUUGGAUGAAGCUGAUCAUAACUCAUCUCUCAGGCAGUCAGAAUAUCCUGAAUAUAGUGCAUCAUCUAGUAGAAGUCAUAAAAGUGACAGGAGCACCAAGAAGAGCACAGCAUUUGAUGAAAAUGAUGAAUAUAGUCAGGUUGAUGAUGAUUCUAGUACAAAUAUUGAACAUAGUCUCCAUACUGAAAAUGUUGAUCAGUCACUAUCUCAGAGACUUUCUUAUAAACCAAGUACAUCAUUUGAAAGAAGUGAGAAAACCUAUGUAAAUGAAUCAUAUGAUAGGAAAAAAGACAGCUCUGCUGAAACUUCACAUAAUAAUCAAAAGAGUAAAACUGAUGAAGUUAAACCAUACACUGUUGUGCAGCCAGUGAAUGAUCCCAAACUGACUUCACAACUUGAAGAAUUAUUAAAACAAAAUGAAAUGCUUAUUUCCACAGUCAAUGCUAUGAAAGCCACAACUGUUAUAUCUGAAUCUAGUCUUGGAUCAGCAAUGAGACAAAUUAUGGAAGAGCAUGAAAAGCUCAUGCAGAAUAUAGAAGAGAAAAUAAGUCAUGCUAGGGUUUCUGGAGAGCUGGAUGCUGAAUCUAGGAUGAGCAAAUUAUUGCAGGAAAAACAAGUGUUGGUGAUGUCACUGGAAGAACAAAAACACAAGAAUGAAUCACUUGUAAAACAGAAUGACCUGCUUGAAAAGAAACUUCACCUUGUCAGAAACAAUAGCAAGGAGUCAUUGAAUGCAGACCAGGAGACUAAUGAAAAAGAUAAGGAAGUGCUAUGUUAUGUCAAAACACCACCUACUCUUUGCAUAGCAUCAGAGGAGAUGAAUGCACCCUAUGACAUUGAAGUGGACUGUGAAAUAAUAGAAAGUUUCAAAGUAUCUGAAGAGAUUGUGAAUGGAAGUGACGACUUUAAAAAGAAAGAAAUGGACAAGUUUCAACAGAAUAAAAUGGGAGAAGCCAUAUUUAAGGCUAGUUACCACUCAAUGCAAAGGAAAGAUACAUCUAAGAGUAAAGACGCGCAAAAGCCAGUGACAAAAACAACAGCGGAUUCACAGAGCAAGGGUAGCAGCAGACGAAAUAGCUUGAGUCCGCAGUCAUUUAGUCGGAGAGGGUCCCAGACCUCAACCUUUAGAAUCCCGAAAAGUGAAGACCAAGAACACGAGGAAGAGCUACAGGAUGAGCUGACUGAGGGAUUGAUUCAUCUGACCUCAAGAAAAGAAGAUGAGAAAUGGGCUCAAGUGCUAGAGCAGUCAGAAGAGGAAAAGCAAAUUCUUCAAGACAGAAUUAAGACUCUAGUGAAUGAAAAUGACUGUUUGGCAUCACGGUUGGAGGAGGUGAUGGGUGUGUCACGCAAUUUGAGUGGCCAGAUGCAUUCUGCGCGGGAGGAACUGGUUAAGAUUUCAGCCGAGAAGGAGGAUUUGCAGAAGAAAGUUAGAUCACUUGAGGAAGGGAAGGAGGAUAGUUCACUGAGCUUAUCAGAGUCUCUUGGGAGCUCGAGACUCACACAGCGUCUUAAGGAUCGGAUAAGAAGCUUACAGGGAGAAGUUGAAGGGGCAUGGCAAGAGGUUCAUCAGCGCACAAUAGAAAGAGACAAGAUGUCUGCAGAGAGAGAGAGCAUUGAAUACACAGCAAGCAUUAAUCUUAACAGUGCAAGGAAGGAGGUUGAGUCAUUAAGGAGCCAAAUUGCCAUGCACCAGCAAGAUUUUGAAAGGAGGGCUAAUGAGUUAACAAACACAAAGAAUGAACUGGAGAAAAAGUCUUCAGAGCAGAGGAUUCUUCUGGAUGAUUUUGAAGUCCAGAAAAAGAAGCUACAUGAAAUAGAAAAGAAACUGGAAGAUGUUGAGAGUUCCUAUAGAGAGUGCCAGGAAAAAUUACAGAUUGAAAUAAGAGAGAGAAAGAGAACUGAAGAACAACUAGAGGAGACCCUUCAGCGUUUGUCUGCAGGGUUGGAGAGUGAGAGAACGAGAUCGAAGGGAGAGAGAUACUGGCAGGAAGCUGUGUCUAGACUAAAGAGUCAGUUGCAUCAGGAACAGCUCCGUUCACGUCUUCUGGAAGCGGCUGACCACGAGAACUCAGCACGCAUCCUGGUUUUGCAGCGCAGCGUUCGUGAGACUAUUGAAGCUCACGAAAUUCUGCAGGCCAAAUACAAGCAGCUUCGUACUGCUUAUCGUGCCAAAAAGACGGACAAGACUCACCGCAGAGAACUUUCAGAGCAGUAUUCACAGCAGGUUAAGGAGCUUGGUAAAACUUCGGCGGCUUUAGAGGACAAUUAUAAGAUGAUGCUGUCGACACUUGGGGAAAGCAUAGGUAUCACAGUGGAGAUCCUGACAUCCCACGUCUUCCUCUCUCCUUGCAUUGUCCAUCCGAGCCCUGACAUUAGACUUGAUCUGGAGACUUGGUUUGAGGCUCAGCAAGGGAGGCUCAGAUGGUUACAGACACAACUUCGGAAACUUUGCUUACAUAAUUGGAAAAUGGCAGAUCUCCCAAAGACUUCCAACUUCAGCAUUGGAAAGAGAACAAAGCCCAUUUCAGGGUCUAGCACAUCAGAAACAUCUGGUGAUUCAAAUAUCCAGGUAAAAAAUGAUGGAAGUUCAGAGAGCAAGUCAGAUUCAAGUUCUGGAUACAAGACAAGGAAAUCGUUAAAAAAGAACUUAUACGAUCUGUCCAUUUUGGAUGAAACCAUGUCUGACAGUAGUAUGCCUGUUCAGAAGAAAAUUGGUGCUUCACCUGCAGUUCCUGCCUCAGGUGCUUCAUCAGGCUUUACUGCUGUUUCUGAUACAGACAGUAGAAUGGCCAGGCAGGGUUCCCAAGAGGAAAAUGCACAAGACUCUGGCAAUACAUUUGUAUCAUUUUCAUUUGUACAAUCCAAACCUGCAUUCAGUCCACCCAUGAAGCCACUAACUAGUAGUUCAAUGAGCCUCAGUGAAGUGGGUCGAAUCCUCACUGACCAACAGAGGCAGCUUACCCGGGCAAAGUUCCACCAGUACAAAACCCUAGUCUCCAACCUCCAGAGAGACUUGGAAUUCCCUUUUACAUCGUCUCCAAGUGUUCCUUCCUCCAUGAUCACCACACCUGAGAGAAUCAAGGAGCUUUCUUGUUCCACUUUUGGCGAUGAAGAGCACUCGGGAGAUGUAGAAAUAACUCUUUCCGACUCGCAAGUUUCAUCGUCAAGAACCCUCUGUUCCCUGUCCCAAAAUGAAGAAUCUGCUUCUUCAAAGCACUCCAAGGAAUCAUCACCUGUGCUGGAAGAAGUUUCACAAACAUCCGGCAGUUUAUCAGGUAUGUCAAAGAGUCCGUACUCCUGGAACAACACCUGCCUGGAAAGGAAUCCCUCCACUUCGCCAUCCUUACGUCCAGAGCUCCUGCAGGAAGACGUGGAGAGCUUCGGCAUGGUAAGAGACUUUGAUCCGUCAAGUGCCAGAGCCAGUGCCAGUGACAGCAAUAGCCUACCUGGAAUAAGGGAUGUAACCAAAGAAAAGAGGGCCUCGGGUGUGGAUGUGGAUAAAGAUCAUGACAGUAUGGAGGAGUUGGAUGAAGAGGAGGACAUCAUCAGGAUCUUUGUGGAAAGUGAGGUUGUUGAUGAUGAUGAUUUAGACUGACCUUUACUUUCUCUUUGAGAACAUGAGUAGAGGUUUGUUUGACUGAAGUCUAAAUGACAAGGAAACCAUCUGCUGUGAACAGAUGCAAAGAAGUAUUUAGAUUUAUUUACUGAUUAUCACUUUCAGGAAAUAUUUCUUUGGUAUUUGAUUUUAUGGUCUAUUUAUUGAUGUUCAGAUUAUAUUUAUUAAUUUAAAGAUAGCAGAAUUGUCAUGUUCUGUAAUUUCUUGAGUAUUAUACGCAUUUGUUUCUUGAAGCCAUUGUUUGUUAUUAAGAGGAUUAUAUAGUAUAGACAAUUAUGUUCCUUUUGCACAGCAUUUGUAUUUAUUUAAUGAAUUUGAUUAAUCUUUUACGCACAGCCAGUAUAAUAAGUUACAAACAGAAUGUAUUAAAUAGGAAGAAUCUAGAUGUUUCUUGACAAUCACAUUGCAUUCAUUACCAUGUGUAAAAAAUACAAAAAGUAGCUUUAUAUCUUUAAAUUUUUAUGUCCAUGCAUUUUUUUCAGUCGUGGAAGUUUGUGAAUUUUAGAUCAUAUUUAAUUUCACUAGACUGUUUAUCAGUAAUUAUAAGUGAUCUGAGAGGGACCUGAAAACGAGAAAAUCCGUCCAUUUUUGCGAUCCUGUCCAUGGCAAGCUGUGACUACAGAAACUAGUUUGAAAAGCCUCUUAAUAAAAUUGUAGUUUUGUAUGGAUUACAUAUACUGAAAAGCUCAUUCAUUCCAUUGCAGCUAUGCAGUAUGCCUAUAUGUAAUAGUCUUAGAUUUAGCUUAUUUGUAAAAAAAAUCCUUUUAUAAGAACAUGAGUGUUUGACAAACAAUUGCUUUACCAUAAAUAAUGGUAAUGUUGAUUUUCAAUCAGCAAAUUAAGGGCAUUUAAUCUUUCACUAGAAAGAUAGUUUUAAAAUGUAAGGCUUCCAUCAAUUUGUGGCAUCACAGGUAAUGAAUAACUUCAUCCAAAAAUGAUUUACCAGGGUAACAUGUACAACAUUUUUGUAGUAUUGAUGUCUUAACCCUUAAAGGACACACCAUCUCAUGAUCUGAUGCAGACUUUUUACGUCAUUUCCCUCAACAAGCACUUGUGUCAACUCUGAUUCAGUUUGCACUAAAACUGAAUUUAGUUUUGGAGUCUGCAGAUCAAAAUCUACUUUGAGAUCUGGAGACAUGACAUUCAUUUUCCACAGUAGUUACAAUCUGCCUUGUGUCCUUACCUGAGUGUGCCUCUAGUAAACAUGUUCUUUAGGGGUUAAUCAGUGUGUUCUGGAGCUUCCCAUGCAAGAAGUUUUUGUGUGUGAUUUUAGAACCUCAUUAUAUAGAGUCAGUGUUUUAUUUUUUUAUUUUUAUCAGCUAUUAUUAUUUUGGGGGGGGCCUGUUUUACAAGUAUCAUUAAAGCUUAUGCUGUAGGUAGAUGAGUUAUGAUACUCCCAGUGAUUACAUUGUGUGGUAUAUCGCUUUACUUGAUUUGUAAAAGGAAGAGAUUAAGGAUUGGUUGGAAAUUUACUAAUUGUUCGUGAAAUUUGUUGUAAACGUUUGGACAGAGAUAAGCCCAAUGUACAUUUAUUUUGGUGUGUUUUGAAUCACCAAUGUAACAAACAUGAGUGUUUCAACAUUUGUACAACAGCUUACUUGUCCCCUAAAUUAGUCUAGUCUAGACAACAGUGAUACCAUCAGUAUAAUUCUCAAUUUUGGGAGUGUUGUAAAGUAUGCCAGUGUUAUCUUUCCAGUUAUACAUGUAGUUUAAAGUUUAUAGCAUUUGAGUAAAGGGCAUUAUGUAACUAUAAUGUGCCAUUUUUAGGAAUUAAUGUCUGAUAAUUAUAGCAUGGCACAGUAAAUCUUUAGAGAUCAGUCACACAGGGUACUGAGAAUACAAAUUUCUAUAAUUAGCAAAUUUAUUUGUAGACAGAGAAAUAACUGAACUUUAAAAGUAGCAAAAUUAUAGAGCUGUCAAUGAGUCAAAAUUGUUAGUAUUAGGAGACACCAAUAUUUUCUCAAGAAGUAUUCAAUAUAUUUUUGCAAGUAUAAUUUGUCUCAUUGCUUGAACUUAUUUGUUAAUUUAUAAGCUAAUUUCAAAAUUUUGCAGUUAAUCUCAAAAUUUUGCAGUUAAUCUCAAAAGAACUAAAUGAUUUUGGUUUCAAGUUUGAGAUAACUUUUCGGCCUUCCAUGAACCAGGGCUUUCUGAAGUCCUAAUGUGCUGUUUUAUCUACUGCCAAUAUGUGUCACUUUCUAGUCCAUGAAAUAAAUAUGCUUUAAAA